UUCGGGAAGAGAAGCUUAAAUAUUUUUUUUGGGGAUAAUUUCAACAAGAAAAUUUCUUUGAAAAUGGCAGCAGUUCCAGUUGAAGAAGCCAUUGCAGCUUUAUCGACAUUCUCCCUAGAGGAUGAGCAACCAGAAAUACAAGGACCAGCAGUUUUGGUGUCUACUGAAAGGGGAUCAACUAUCAGUCCAAUUGAAUAUAGCGAUGUUUCUGCUUAUCGUUUGUCUCUUACAGAGGACACAAAAGCUCUCAAUCAGCUUGUACGUCAUUUUUCUGCUCCUCUUUGCUUAUCUGCUUAAAUACUUAUUUUUUUGCCUAAGCUAGUU